AUGAGGAGAUUUUCGGUUGAUAGAGCAAGUAUUGAGAAUGUGAACAUUGUGCAACAGGAAACCGAAUUAGAAGCACCGCCUAAUGUAAUUAAUGAGUUUAACCCAAAUGAAAUUGUGCGUGAUCCAGGUUGUAGGAAACAAAUUAAUGAGUAUGCUCCGGAUAUUCAAGACCAAGUGAGGAGGGCAUAUAUAUUGAAAGGUCCAAUGCAACCAGAUUUGUCAAGCUUUCCUCGUACUCAAUUUGGAAGUAUUAAAAGAGCAUUUAGUAAAUCAUGGUAUAAGAAUUAUACAUGGUUAGAAUACAGUGAGAUCAAGGAUGCAGCUUAUUGUUUUUAUUGCUUUCUCUUUAAGAAACCCGGAAGGGCCGAGCACUUUGGUUUUGAAGUCUUCACUAAAAGCGGAUAUAAAGAUUGGAAGCAUGCAUCUCAAGUCUUGUAA